CUUUUGUUUUCUAGUUGUUCCCAUGACUUUGCCGACUAAAGUUCUAAGUGCCCACCGUAAAUCACUGAAUCUUGUUGAUUCUCCUCAGCCACUCGUAGAAAAGGUUCCUGAAAGUGACUUCCAGUGGCCCAGAGAUGACCAUGGUGACGUGGACUGUGAGAAGCUGGUUGAGCAGCUAAAAGAUUGUUCGAACCUACAGGACCAAGCAGACAUUCUGUACAUUCUUUAUGUCAUAAAGGGUCCCAGCUGGGACACAAAUCUCUCUGGACAGCACAGGGUCACCGUUCAAAACCUUCUCAGCGAGCUCUAUGGGAAAGCCGGCUUGAACCAGGAGUGGGGUCUGAUUCGCUACAUCUCAGGCCUGCUUAGGAAGAAAGUGGAGGUCCUGGCUGAGGUCAGUGUGACUGUGCCGGCUGCACAUGUGUGCUCACUAGCUUGUGUCCCCUUCUUCCACUUCCAGUCUCCCAGUUAUACCUCUUACUUGCAAAGGAGUCCCAUUCUUUAACCCACAAGUGGAGUGGGCCCUUCUCUCCUGCCUGCCCGCUGCUCCGGGAAGGCGAGCAGAGGGAAGAAAAUGCAAGUGGAUUGGUUUUGUUCUUUCUUAGCGACGGAAAAAGGCUCACCAGGAAAUCAAAUGAAAGUGCUCUGUGUAGCGGCCGGGCGCGGUGGCUCAAGCCUAUAAUCCCAGCACUUUGGGAGGCCGAGACGGGCUGAUCACAAGGUCAGGAGAUCGAGACCAUCCUGGCUAACCCAGUGAAACCCCGUCUCUACUA